GCCAAGCCCCUCAUCCCUGGGGGUCAGCCCCUUACCGAGAUUGCUUGUCCUCUUCCACGGUACUUUCUUGUCCCAGUACUUCCGCUUUAUGAGCUUUUGGUCUUGGGGGAGGGGGACCUCUUUGAACCCCCCUCCCCCGUCUUACACACCUGCUCAGCUGGGCUUCUGUCUUCUCGCCCCUUCACGUGGGCGACCUCUAGGAUGUUGUCUGAACCUGGAUGAGAUUCCCCAGGUGACCUCGUGUGACGACCUCCACUAACUCCCGCUAGGCCCGCGAGCUCCUCUAUCCCUCUAUCCAUCCCAGAUGGAUCUUGCGGGUAGUGGCGGCUCAUGUGAUUUCCAGCGCGGGCGGAGGCGGAGGAGGCGCCCAGGAGCAGCACCUGGAGGGGCGGGGCGCGGCGGCGAUGGGGAGCCGGCGCCCCGCCCGCCGCGUUUCACUUCCGGCGGGCGCCGCUGGGGGCAGCGUGGAGUCCAGUCUGGCCGCUGCGCGCUCUCCCUUCUCGGCUCCUGGCCGGAACCUGGCGCAGGGGACCAGGAAGCGCCCGGCAGCGGCCGCGGGGCGGUCGGGAUGGCGGGGCCAGGCUGGGCCCCCCCGCGGCUGGACGGCUUCAUUCUCACCGAGCGCCUGGGCAGUGGCACGUACGCCAAGGUGUUCAAGGCCUACGCCAAGAAGGAUACUCGCGAGGUGGUGGCCAUAAAGUGCGUGGCCAAGAAGAGUCUCAACAAGGCAUCUGUGGAAAACCUACUGACAGAGAUUGAGAUCCUCAAGGGCAUUCGACACCCCCACAUUGUGCAACUGAAAGACUUCCAGUGGGACAGUGACAACAUCUACCUCAUCAUGGAGUUCUGCGCAGGAGGUGACCUGUCUCGCUUCAUCCACACCCGCAGGAUUCUGCCUGAGAAGGUGGCUCGAGUCUUCAUGCAGCAGUUGGCGAGUGCCCUGCAGUUCCUGCACGAACGGAACAUCUCUCACCUGGACCUGAAGCCACAGAACAUUCUGCUGAGCUCCUUGGAGAAGCCCCACCUUAAACUGGCAGACUUCGGCUUCGCACAGCACAUGUCACCCUGGGAUGAGAAGCACGUGCUCCGUGGCUCCCCCCUCUACAUGGCUCCCGAGAUGGUGUGUCAGCGUCAGUACGACGCCCGUGUGGACCUCUGGUCCGUGGGGGUCAUCCUGUACGAAGCCCUCUUCGGGCAGCCCCCCUUUGCCUCCAGGUCGUUCUCGGAGCUGGAAGAGAAGAUCCGGAGCAACCGGGUUAUUGAGCUCCCCCUGCGUCCCCCACUCUCCCAGGACUGCCGGGACCUGCUGCAGCGGCUCCUGGAGCGGGACCCCAGCCACCGCAUCUCCUUCCAGGACUUCUUUGCCCACCCUUGGGUGGACCUGGAGCACAUGCCCAGUGGGGAGAGCCUGGCACGAGCAACCGCCCUGGUGGUGGAGGCUGUGAAGAAGGACCAGGAGGGGGACGCUGCGGCCGCCUUAUCGCUCUACUGCAAGGCUCUGGACUUCUUCGUGCCUGCCCUGCACUACGAAGUGGACACCCAGCGGAAGGAGGCAAUUAAGGCCAAGGUGGGGCAGUAUGUGUCCCGCGCUGAGGAGCUCAAGGCCAUCGUCUCCUCCUCCAGUCGGGCCCUGUCGAGGCAGGGGACCUCUGCCCGAGACCUGCUCAGAGAGAUGGCCCGGGACAAGCCGCGCCUCCUAGCUGCCCUGGAAGUGGCUUCCGCUGCCAUGGCCAAGGAGGAAGAGGCUGGCGGGGAGCAGGACGCGCUGGGCCUGUACCAGCACAGCCUGGGGGAGCUGCUCCUACUGCUGGCAGCGGAACCCCCUGGCCGGAGGCGGGAGCUGCUUCACACUGAGGUUCAGAAUCUCAUGGCUCGAGCCGAAUACCUGAAGGAGCAGGUCAAGAUGAGGGAGUCUCACUGGGAAGCCGAGACCCUGGACAAAGAGGGGCUGUCGGAGUCUGUUCGUAGCUCUUGCACAGUGCAGUGACCCCGAAGGAUGGUUGGACGCGUCACUGGGAAUUGGGGGAACACGCAGCCCAGCUGGCGCCCAGAACUCCGUGGCCCGGAGCAGCCCUGCGGAGCAGGCUUCCGGGAUGGGCAACACCGGGACCCCGCACAUCCCAGGGUUCCCAGCACGCCUUGAAAGCCUCUUAACCCCGUGGAAGGUCUGACAGCCCACGGUGUGUGCUGGCAGCACGGGGCCUUGGCACGGCAUGGGGAGGGCUCUGGGAGAAGAGUGUUUCUUUCACGCGACUUUUGUUAUUUGGUGGUUGCUGGGCCCUGAGCCUGUUGAUUUCUGUUUUUGCUCUGCGAUGAGCAAGGGGCCCUCUGCAGAGCACGUGUGCUCUUUCUCCUCCCUGCCAGCAGGCAGCUGUGCCCUGUGCCCACCCCUGUCCUUCCUGGGAGCCUUUAUUGCAACUCACCUCUCUCCUUGCACUGAAACAGGGCACUCCAAGACCCCUCAGGGACCACCCAUCCCACCAUAUGCACUCAGCCCCACAGAACUCACCAGUCUUCCUGGGAGCUGACUCCUGCCCACCCUCUCAGUAUUUUAAGAUAAUCCUUCAUGCGUGAAAAUAAUAUCUUUUAUAGAGGUGGGGCAAAUGUGAGAAACCCAUGCUUUGUUCUUGCUCUGGCCCUGGGGGCGCAAGGGAGGGGUCCUCAAUCCUCCUCCCUCCCGCCUUCAUCCCUCUUUGGGGAAUGCCCCUACUGGCCACGGAGCUGGUCCUGGCCGGGGAGGGGGAGGCAUGGGGGCUGCCUGGCCUGUCAGGCUCCAGGGGACCCAGUGAUCCAGGAGACCUGGUUCUAGGCCUGACACUGCUGCUCCUCCAGUGUGUGACCCCGGGCAAGCUCCUUCCCCUUUCUGGGCCUGGGUCUCCCCAUCUCUCCAACGGGACUGCUAGUAUCUCCUCGACCCCCUACAUGGGCUUUCAGGAGAACAAAGUGAUUAUAAUCUGGAAAGAAAAUAUAUGCCUAGAGUUCUUUAGGGGUUUCUUUUCUAAAAAAUCAGAGAAGGUGUUAGUGAUCUCUAACCCUUCUGCCCUUAAAUGCCUCCUUGGGGCAAGAGGUGUCUGCCUUCCCCGUAGGAGGCUGGGUGUAAAGAAUGUAAUUCAUUGUUUUUCUAUUAAAUUAUUUUCUAAACUU